AUGGCCGCUGGCAACCACACAAGUCACCGUGUUGCCAUUGAAUAGCAUGGAAUUAAACGUUCUUCAGUGUAUAUGUUUUGUGUUGAAUAGCAUGGAAUGGAAUUAAUACCUUCUUCAGUUUUGUGAUGGUGACCUAACUUUUUCCCAAAAUGUCUAGGAAAUAAAUAUAAUUUUGAGGUGAAGUGUGAAGCAGUCGAUGUGCGAAGCUAUGGAUGAAAAACAUUAAGUUGAAAAUGUCCUCGGAUAGUUCAGAUGACGAUAAUAUAGAGUUAUUGAAAGAAGCACAAGACAGCCAAUUCAUAAAUGACUCUAUGUUUAAUAAGGGUAUUAAAGGGAAAAAGGUAGCUGAAAAGAUCGAAUUACCAGGAUCUCUGCGAAAGUGUAAAGAUGAGGACGAACAGUUCAAUCUGCUGAAAGUUACUCCACAGUUUCAACAGUAUGUUUCAAAGCAAUUGGAUACAAUUCUAGACAGUAGUUUGAAGUACAAAAAGCUAAAAGUUUCUACUGCUACUGUAGAUUGUAAGAGAAGUACAAAAGAGUAUAGUGGGGGUGUCAAGCUGUUUCACACCUCUGAAACUGUUUUGGAUGAUAGUAGUGUUGAUUUUGAGGAUAUCAGUUCAAAAUCAUUCAGUAUAGAGUACAAGAAGCUGAAAGUUGAUGUAGAUGAAGAAUCUUUUAAAGAAGUUGUAGUAACUGGAGAAGAUAUCUUAAGUAGGGAGUCUACAAAACACUGGUCAAAGAGAGGCAAAGCACCUAUGUUCGAGUACAAAAAACAAAAAAAUGGUCAAAUCACUUUAAUUGAACCAACUUUAAAGUAA